AUGAGCUCUGAUAACGAGCCCGAGAUCCACCAAGAAGCUUUGGAAGAAGCAGGAACCGAGCAGGAAGCUGAUAAAAGCGAGUUAUCAUAUAGGGGUCCGCCAAGAGAUGCAACGAGAGACGCAACGGGAUUCAAAUACAAAAGCCUUAAUGCAUACUCUCUUAUUCCUACGCUUGUUCCACCCUUUGUAUUAGAUGAGCAACUGAAGAAGGCCAAAGUCCGAAGCUCUCACAGAUUCGAUGGAGAUUUGGAAGAGCAAACAGACACUCAUUGUAAAGAUCCCUUUUUGGUAUCGUACAACACGCAAUGGGCUCCAUUUGUCGAAAACAUUGGAUCGAAUGUGGCUUACCUCACGCACGGUAUAGUACCAAACGGGAUCAAGACGCAGGAAAGCAGCAGCAUGUCAAGUGUAUCUGAUAAUAACGAAAAGAUGAACAAAGUUGAACCUCACGAUAGCUCAAGCGACACAUCCGACGAAGGGCGCCUGGAGCGGGAUCUUGUCAGAAAAGAAGUCUUCACGGACCUCAGCGGGUCUUGGGGUGGCAGUGAACGACUAAAUGCAGUUUUUAAUGGGCCCAUGCUUGACAAUUAUGAUUUCCAUAACCCAAAGGACAGAAGUGAAUGGCGCGCAUAUCUGGAACAAGUGAAACGGUUUUAUUAUUCUAAUCAAGACGACCCCAAUUCUAGUGGCGGAAUAACUGGCGAAGAAAGGGACAACGACGAUGAGGGCAAAUUACACGGGUUUUUAGAACGUCAACGUUCAGAAUUUAAGCGCAAAAAGAUACACUGGCGUCAAAUAGAACGCCAAAAGAAGCAAAAGUGGGGUCCCCGUUUAAAACGUUUGCUCAUAGACAAUCAAUAUCUCCCGCUGAGUUUCCGCAUGUGUAUCGGGAUUUUGUGUGUGAUUGCGUUAGGACUUGCUAUCCGCAUAUAUCAGAACUCCAACUCUACUGUAGAGUCCAUUGAUUCAUCAAUCCCACAACAACCAAGCACUAUCAUGGCAAUUUGUGUGAAUUCCAUCGCAUUGUUUUAUCUACUCUACAUUUCCUACGACGAGUUUUCAGGGAAACCCUUGGGGCUGCGAAAUCCUUUUGAUAAGUUGCGGCUCAUCCUUUUGGAUCUUUUGUUCAUCAUCUUCUCGAGCGCCAAUUUGGCAUUGACCUUCAACACUUUAUAUGAUUCCAAAUGGGUUUGCACUGCCGGCAGCUUCAAAAGUGAGGAAAUACCUAAGGUUGAAUAUAUAUGUCGGAAGCAACGUGCGCUUGCUUCAUUUCUCUUCGUCGUUCUUUUCAUGUGGGUCAUAACUUUCACCGUGAGUAUCGUUAGAGUUGUUGAAAAGGUAAGUUCGGGAACUCAACGAUAA